GCUACCGCGCAACGUGCACACUGGCAGCAAAAAUUCCAAUUGGAGAAUUGAAAAUUCGUACCAAAUGUUGUUUUUAUAAAAUAUUAAAUUAAAAUCGAAAUGCUGCGGCAGGAGAAUUUAGCAGCCAACUUCUGUGGCCUGCUGGCCAGCCAGGGUUACAAGGAGAAGGCAAACGAGUGGCGAAUUUUGGGACAGGAACAGGAUGGAUCCUUGCUAACCUCCUGGAUAUUUGAGUAUUCCGAUGAAGACCAGCGCAAGGAGACCUGCAUUGGGCACUUUCAUGCCACCAAAAAGCAGCUAAGACUUCUUUGGACUUUGCAGAACUCCCGCGAGAUUAUCCAGGCGACCAUAAAUAGUAGUGUCACCUUGCUGUCCUUUGUGGAGAAAACCGAAGGCAAACUCUAUCAGGCAUUUAUCGUGGAGGUGCGUAGCUCGGAGGGCGGCACUGCCACGCCCCUUAAUCCAGAGCCCACCCCACGCCAGAUGAUGACCCAGUUUUUGUGGCGUGUGGAGAGCGCCACACGCACCUGCUGGCAGGACAAGCUACUGGUGCUCACCCAUGAGGAAUCCAUCAAACAGUUUACUUGCGUAGUGAAGCAAAGCUCGACGACCUCCCCGGCAAUCGGAUCAGGGGAUGCAAGCGCCUGGCAUCUGGACACCAGCAUUCUGACCCAUGAAACGCUGGCCAAGAACUUCAGUUGGGCCCAGUGGGAUCCCGAGUGCCAGGCCCUCUACUACAUCCAUUUGAAGCCGAAGGCCAAGAGCCUCAGUUUGCUCGAUGAAAGGGAGGAGACUGGUGAACAGGUGGCUCCCAUUUUAAGUCCAACCCUCUCGGCCUUCCAGUUCAACGAGAAACAGCCCACGGAAACAGUGCUGAAUAUUCCACUCAACCUACCAAAGCUGCCCAAUGGUUCCAACGAGGAAAAUCCGAGCUACGAUGACGAUGCGGUUCCUUUGCGCGUUCAUGACAGUUCUCUGAAUCUCAUUAUUCUGGCGGACACAUCGGGAAUGUUCUUUGUGUGCCACUACUAUCUGUAUCAGCCGAUGCAAUCGGAUCAGAAGGACGUGCACUUUGCCUACUCAGUGACUUUGUUGCACCACGGCUGUGUGGUGCACUGCGUCAUGCCCGGUGUUCCAUGGCAGAAGGCCCGUCUGCUGAGGCCCACAUUUGCGCUGCACGGCCAGCAUCAUUUGCUCGUAUCGUCCGCCUUCUUUGUUCAUCUGCUGGACGUGGGACUGCACCACGAACCGAACUGCCACAUCGUGUGUGCCGCUCACAAUCGAAGUGUCGAUCGCUCGCAACUGGUGCCCCUGCGAAAGUGGGGAGCCUUGGCCUAUGAUGCGGCCACUUUGGAUCUGGUCUCUCUUACCGUGCCUAAAUCCCAUUUGAUCGAGGCCUUCCGGAAUGAUAGUUCACUGGAUAACAGAAUCAGCAUCAUUCAUUACUUUUUGCUGCACUCGAACGACAUGGACGUGCUGGCCGAACUGCUGAAUAGUAUCCUAGAGCGUCCACUUUCCCUGGACACAGUGGCCCUGCUGAAGGAGGCUCUUGUGGCGGGAAGUUAUGCGGCUGCAGUGCGCGGCUUGCCGGAGGAGGCCAAGCCGCUAAUGAGGUUGCUGCCCCUAACAACUGCUUUGGCAUCGCGACCAAUUCAUGCGAAAGUGGCUGAUAUAAGCGUGGGUCUCUCCCAUGAAACCCUGCACAAUACCAGCAUGAUGUUGCUGUCCCCGCAGCAGAGAUUGUCGCCAUAUCGCACGGAUAUUUGGACGAGGCUGUGGGAUCUUCUAAACGAGUCGGCCAAGCAGGAGCAGCCGAGGUUCAGUGCCGAGCAGGUGACUGAAAAGUUGAUCUUCAGUCUGGCUUGCUAUCAGCCGGAGGCACUUUCCAGAUGCACUACACCGGAUGCGGGCACCGGUGGCUUUGGCGACUAUAGCAGUGGAAGUGCUUUUCCGUUUAGCAACGAGGUGCUGCCCUUUAUCGAACUGGAGGGAUGCACGGCCAGCAAGCAGGAGCAUGUGAUUUCAGUGUAUCUGCGCGAACUGAGCGUCCAUUUGGUGAAGCAUUCCUCGAAGCCACACACAGGCUUUCGCUGGUUGAAGGAGACCUUCUUUGAGCGCUCCCAGGCUCCAGCUCAUGUACAUGCGGUCGCCUCACAGUUUGUUUCCUCGCAAUUGGAGCUUUCGCGGGCCCUUUGCUCACUGGUUUGUCGAGCGGCGGGUCUAGAUGCUCGCAUGGAGACUUUGAGGGGCUUUCAGUUGAUUGACCAGAUGGCUGCCAACCAGCAGCACUCGCUGUUCCUCAUUCUUGAACGCUAUUGCCUGGCUGUGGAAUCAAUUGCCUUUCCCCUGCCCGAAGGAUUCUCCUCGUUCUUCACCUACUUGGGUUAUCGUGCCUUGGGCUAUGAUAUGUUCUUGCAAUAUGUGGAAAAUCAUGUCUUCGAACUGCAAGUGGAUGUGAUGAAGGCCAUUGUUUUUGAUAUUGAAGAUUCCCCUUUGGGUAUUGAGCGAAAGCUGUCGCUUUUAUCGGCUCUGCCCAAGCAAAGGGCCCAACGAUUGCUGAAAUGCUGGCAGCAUCCGGAUAGUCUUAUGAUUCGUGGUCGUGAGCAUGCGGCCAAUAUUCUGUCGGGCCAGCAACAGGAGGUUUUGCAGCAGAGGCCAUCCGUUUGUGCGAACCAGUCGCGCAAUAAUGCGCGUAGCGAUCUAACUGCCGAAGCCCUUUCGCCACUAGACUCAUUUCUUGACUUGCUGACAGCCAAGGCCAGUCUAAACGAAUUGGACUACAAUCUGCUUAUUGAAACUACUUUGAGCUCCAUCGAUCAGCUGAAGGUGGAGGCCUAAUGUGCUUGUCUUAGUAUUAAGUAAAAAUAAUAGAUGUAUUGCAUUACUUGAAGGUAUUGUGUCAAAAUAUCAAGUAUUUGGGUUGGACCCAUCCCAUUAAUUACCAGUAGUUCAGAUGAGUUGAAGGCAGCUUAUAGAAAUUCCAAAGAUUUCCUAAUAUUUUUUGUGUGCAAAUUUAAUCUUAGUUACUGUGUUUUAGUGUUACACUUUUGGUUCCUAUUAUAUGUAAAAGUACUUACAUAUUCCCAUUCCAUGUCUGUUAACGGAUAAUUUGUAUUGCAAAAUAAUGUACCUAAAAAGUAUA